UCUUUAUUUCAUUAAUCAUUUGUUAUUCAGUUAAAAAUAUCAACUUGCAAAGGUUAAUUCCUUUACAAAAUUAAUCUCUUUAUAAAUUUCUCGUAUAUUACAAGAUAUUUUAAAUACAAAAGUCAUGCGUAAGUUGAAAUAUUAACAUGUUUAUUACAUUGCUACUGCAUCUUUAAAUAGAUGAGAGAAAAUGAAAUUGUUACAGAUCAAACAACUCCAAAGUGUAAUGUGAAACCGUGUUCGAACAACGAUGUUCCACCUGCGUCAGUAGUUCACGCUUGUCUUGGUCCAUCUUUGGCACAAGUGUUUUUCAAUUAUACUCAUCAUGAUACGAUAAAGUUGUUGGAUGUAUUGACACCAUCAAAAACAUCAAAAGCAUGCUUUCCAAUUCCAUCUGACCAUCAUUUACCCAAAACCAAAUUCAUACCGUCAACAGAUUAUCAAAUCAGAAAAGCAUUCGUGCACCAAAAUAUAUUAGAAAUUGGUGAAGCUCUCUUAGAACGUGUAAAAAAGGAAAUUGAAGAAAAUCUAAAGGACAAAAUAGAGAGGCAAUCGCGAGAGAAGUUUUAUAUGUAUCAAGCGAAAAAAAGACAAGAAGCUGAGCUGCACGUUCAACAGUUGCAUGAAAAAUAUGAAAAUUAUAUUGAAACUGUCCGACGUGAAUUACAGAAACAACUUGAAGGAGAAUGGUCUAAAGCAGCUGCAGAAUGUGCUAAGAACACUCAAAAAGCAGUUGUACAAGAACGAAUAAACGUGACCAAGGAAGUGACACGAAAAAUGCGAGCGGAAAUGACUCACGUUGUCCUAUCGUUGUACAAAGAAUUUGAAAAGCUGUUUUGCGCCAAAAGGGACAAUAUAAUUGCCGAUUUUAAUCAGAUAAUGAGGGAACAGCAUGUAAAAUUAAAAAAAGAAAUGCUGGAUUUUAAAGAGAAGAUGAGCAGAGAUUUACAUAUUCAGAGACAUCAGUUUGAAAUACAAAAUGCCGCAGAUUUAAUCUAUAUCCUCUGUGUGGAACGAUUACGAAGUAAUAAAGAGAAACAUAUCAUGCAUGAAUACUUUCAGGUAACGAAAUUAUUCGAAUUUCGCUUAUUAUAUGAGAAGAAAUAUUUCAUAGGAAAUUAUGCUUUAAUACAGCAACAAAUCAAAGAAUUUUAUGAAUUAAUGGUCCGCUUAAAAGAUAUAAUUACCAUCAUGAAAAAAGAAAUUGUCGAUUGUCAUAUGGAGAAGAAAUUAUUGGGCGAAGAGCUUUGUAAAGUUACUAAACAUUUUCAGAAGUUUAUUAAUUUUGUGUUUCAUGCUAUACCGGGCCAAGCAGACUAUCUAUUACCGUUAUGAUUACAACAUUUGAUUAACUCA